AUGUCGUUCCUCUUUCAGCCCCCCGUCUUUGCCGCCCAGCCCGCCGCCGGCGCCUUCUUCGUCCCUCAGCAGCAGCCGCCGCAGCAGCAGCGCGUCAUCUACACCGCCGCCCCAGCGACCCUCUUCCGCCCAGCGACCUUUGUGGGCGGCGGCAUGCCGCUCGUCAUGCCGCUCGUCAUGCCCCCGCCGGCCACGACGUUUAUCAAUCUCCAGCGCCCGCCGCUUGUACUGUCCGCACCCAUGUACGCCGUGUUCUCGCCACCACUACCACCACCGUGGUGGUUUCCUUAG